AUGCCUUCAAUAACCGUGUUUAUUGCCCUUAUUUUCGCGAUAUUUGCUCAAGCUUUGGACUGCGAGAACUAUGGCAUUGUCAAUGGCUCAGACUGUUUAUGUCCCACAGGGUUUGGAGGUUCGACAUGCUCCCAGCCAGCAUGUGGUGGUACCAUAUUCCAAGGCUCGCAACGCCCCCUAGCCGCUGUGUCGGGGUCCGCCGCCAAUUUGACUGCGGCGGGAUGUUCAUGUGAAAAUGGAUGGACAGGGACAGCUUGUAACGUCUGCCAAACAGCGGAUGCUUGCAAAAAUGGGCUUUCGUCACUGGGUACACUCUCCACAACCUCGCCCACGUUGGGAUCUCAAGGCAAUGACACUAUGGUGUGCAAUACUCAAGCACGGGUUUAUGCUUCCAGUCAGAUGAGUUGCAAAGUCAUUAAUCCCACCCUCCAGGCCAUAUUCCCGUUAUCCUCAACUCUCAAUAUUAUGCGAACACUGCAGCCCGGACUAAGCCCCAUACCCAACACAACGUCCUUUGGAGCUGCCAAUACAGCGUUUGCCCAACUAUUCUACGACGGAGUCGAACAAUUCUAUUGCUCAGCAGAUUCCUGUACGCAAAACUUGAACAGUUCAGGCGCAGGGAGUGCCGAUUGGCAAUGUCAAAACCUGCGAUGUACGUGUCGACCAGGAACCACAUUCUGUGGAAUGAUUGGGGGAGCGAUAAACGGCCUCGGUGGAUCACUAGACAUUGAAUGUGGCGCAGUGGACAAUUCAUCGGAGACAGCGACCUGCAAUUUCAAGCAAGCAACUUUGCAAAGUUUAUUCGGUCCUGGUGGUCUAACCCUAAACGGAUGCACGUUUGGGGAGUGCGUGCGACAGAACGCUAUCGAUGGUUCUAGUGCUAACACCGCUACCGAUAUCACAAAGUCGAAGCCGCUCAGCGGUGGGGUUAUAGCCGGCUUGGCCGUUGUUGGGGCUUUGAUUCUGCUAUCGCUCUUGUUGCUGGCCCUUGGUUUGAGGUCUCAAAGAGCUGCCAGAAGGAGAGGUGUGUCAGUGGAACGAAGCCGAGCAUCUGUAGAGUGGACCAACUUGAGUUACACAAUACCUGGAGAGUCGGAAUCCGUGAAGAUACCGAUAUUUGGAAGGAGGAAAGGCGGCGCAACCGAAAUAUAUACCGACAAAGUAAUUUUGGACAACGUCACUGGAGUUGUCAAACCAGGGCAGAUGAUGGCUAUUCUUGGGCCCAGUGGCGCUGGAAAAACGACUCUGGUUGAAAUUUUGGCGGGAAGGAGCAAAUCAGGAGUCAUAUCAGGACAUUUCGGUGUUAUUGCAGAAAACGCUGAUCAGAAUAGCGCUCCCCGCAUCGGUUUUGUUCCACAGCAGGAUAUACUGCCACCCAUGCUAACCGUAUUUGAGGCUCUUCUGUUCGCUGCUCGGUUGCGUCUACCUGAAACCGUCACAGAGCAAGAGAAGAAAGAUCGCGUCAAUGCAUUGCUUGAAAAAUUAGGCAUAUCAGCUAUCAAAAACUCAAGAAUAGGUGAUGUGAUGGGCAGUAAAAACCGGGGCAUCAGUGGCGGGGAGAUGAGAAGAGUUAGUAUUGGAUUGGAACUGAUUGCCUGUCCUGAUGUGCUUCUUCUGGACGAACCUACCUCCGGCCUUGAUUCAGUAUCAGCGGCGAGGAUCGCCAAUGUGUUGUACGACAUUGCUCACGAUCCUGUCAAUCCAACGCCUAUCAUCGCUUCAAUACAUCAACCAAGGCAAGCCCUACAUCCUGUAUACAUAGAUCUACAGGCUGAUACAACUCUUUUUAGCUCACAAUUGUACCAGAAGUUCGAUCUUGUGGUACUGUUGUCGCACGGUCGCUCCCUCUACUCAGGGCCUGGCGGUUUCGCCCCAGCUGAACAUUUUGCAACCGUCUCUCCUGACACUGUUGCACCCUACCAGCAGGGAUACAAUGUCGCCGAAUACCUUUUGGAAGUCGCCAACGAUCCGCAUGUCAGCCUGUUUCAAAUACAAACCACUUCAUUGCAAGCCGCCACACCUUCGGCUUCUGGUGAUGAUGAACUUCACAAAACUUCAUCCGAAAGCCAACCUCAGAUUAUUUUAUCAGAAAAGGGAUCGACAGCUCACCUUGGAGGUUCCCGAAAACGGAUAUUCUCCAGCAAUAAUUUUAGUCGGAGUGUUUACCCUACAACAUUUUUGACGCAGCUUCAGCAUCUGUGUGGGCGAGAGUGGAAGAUAUUGAAGAGGGACAAGAGUUUGUUCCUGACACAUGUAGUUGUCGCCUCUAUCUUGGGCGUGUUCUGUGGUGGUUUGUACUUCAAUACAGGAAUCACAAUCGCGGGUUUCCAAUCUCGUGUUGGCUGUUUAUUCUUCCUUGGUGCCCUGAUUGCGUUUUCGUCCCUCAGUGCUCUCCACAAUAUGGUUGAAAUACGGCCUCUCUUUCUGCGAGAGCGCUCGAGUGGAUAUUAUAGCCCUACCGCGUGGCUCCUUUCUCGUUUCUUCUUCGAUAUGAUACCUCUCCGAUUGAUUCCCACCAUAAUUGUUGGUUCAAUAACGUACUGGAUGGCAAAUCUUGCUCCCAACGCCGCAAACUUUUUCAAGUUUCUUCUUAUCCUUGUGCUGUAUAGUUUAGCCAUGACACUUUUUAAUUUCCUACUAGGGACUUUGUUCGAGAAUGGAGGAAUUGCCAUCCUCCUUUCUGCUCUUUCGGCUCUAUAUCAGAUGACAUUUGCAGGAUUCUUCGUCCAUUUGAGCGAAAUACCCCCUGUGCUUCGAUGGCUGCAGUGGCUGUGUCCGUUGAAAUAUACCUUGGAGGCGUUAUCAGUCAACGAAGUAGACUCUGGAUUGAUGAUCCAGGAUACCCUGCAGGGUGUACCAGUCAACAUCUCUGCAAGUUUGAUUAUGAAUUUGCUUUUCGGAUUUGGGCUUAACAAUUAUUAUCGGGAUGUUCUCAUCCAUGUAGCUUUCAUUGGUGGAUUCGGUAUUGGAGUCAUUGGAGUUGUGUGGUUUAAAUCCGAGCUCUCCUGUGGACCUGAGGCUGUUCGCAGCAUUUCAGGACUCCAUAGCGAACAUCAGAGAGAAGGGGUUUCUAAUUUCGCCAUGCAAAUCAUUAAAAGGAUCGAACUGGACGAAUACUUUACAUAUUUAAACAAGGACCGAAACGCCCUGGGCCCAGGAAAUAUUGAUGUGGCCGUGGAAUCUCUCCAAGCUUUCAUUGACCUCGUGAAUAAAAUUUCAGAAAAUGUCUGGCGAGACGAAAGAGGAUCCUCUGUCAAUCAGUCAGGAGUUACAUUUAUGGUCGGAAUCACCGGGCAGGGCAUUUAUGACGUGGAGCUCAAAUUUACUUCCCCAGAAUUUCUUUCGACCUUUUACGCUCUGAUCAAGCAUCUGUACGACCCUGGCCAUUUCAAAGACGACCGCUAUGAAGUAGGAUUUAACAACAGGACUCAAAAGUUCGAAUAUACGUUAUCUUUGACCCUCAAGCCGGGGACCACGCCCACGAAACAAGGUGGAUUCCAAGCCAUAUACGCAAGCAAUCCAUUUGGAACAACCACAUAUGUUUUUGCCAUGGACGACAGCAUGGAUCCAUUGAUGAUCAAUAGGCAACCUCUGCGCGUAGUGAAAGACCAAUACUGUCGCAAUACACGUUUCACCGAACCAGAGAUCCUUAAACACAUUCAAAAUACGCCAGGCGUUGUGACGCUACUGCAUGAUGAGGAAUGGAACACUCCUGUGCACUUUGAACACAGAAUCAAACGCCGUCUGGGAUUAUUGCAGCAUGGCGAGCAAUUUAUGCAUAUCCGGACGCUACGUGGUAUGCUGGAAGUCUCAUAUGAUGCACUUGAAGUAACGAGGUAUCUUCGAACCAAACGCAAUGUCCUUCAUCGUGAUCUGAGCAUAGGAAACAUCAUGGUUGUUUGGAAUCGUACUAACGACUCGAACAAAGUCGACGAGGACCCGAAUGAGCCGGAAAUAUGCUUCGUUAAACAUCUUCUGGGCGAAAGUGAUAACCCUCAACAAACCUCUGUUGUUCUUAUCGAUUUCAAUCGUGCAGAGCGUCUAGAUGUCGACCCAAGACAGCCACGGAACGACAGAACCGGAACACCGCUUUUCAUUGCAAGAGCUGUUCAGAAUAACGGACCGUAUCCAGACCUUCCUGCCAGAAGGUUAGUCAUGGUACCCGCCAUGCCCAGCGCUCCGAUGAUCUAUCAACAAUAUCUUCCGACACGUGCCAAAUAUUUUGACCAGGACAAGAUGAAAGAAUACACAUUGGAACAGGACAAGAUGAAUACGACCGAACGAGUGUGGAGGCAUGAGCUCUAUCAUGAAGCAGAAUCAAUAUUUUGGAUCAUGUUAUAUUGGCUUAUGGUCGCUAACGCAGAUUAUGGGGACAAACAUGCAGCCGAAAGGAUCGGAUCCACAGUCUGGAAUCUCUUUACAAGCACAGUUGACUGUGAAGAUCGCGGAGUGCUCCUCGACUCUCUUGUAUCCAAGGCUAUCAAAGCAUCGAAUAUUGUCCACUCCAAAUUCUUUCCUACCGUAAAUGACCUGAUUCGACCCUUAGCGGAGGCCAUUUCGACAGGUCCAUAUUACUUGCCGGAUCACGAAAGCACCGGAGAUCUAAGAACCCACAUAGAAUUCGCCCACGAAGCAUUCCAGCGAAUAAUUCUCAAUUUCAUCAUCGCUCACAAGGACGAUGAGUUUAUGAAGCAUGAAACAAACGUGGAGUCCCCUCGGGGCUUUACAACUAAUAUUCUGCUCAGACAUACUGUACCAUCGCGUCUUUUCACUUCUAGCUCACAAUUCCACACUAAUUCCAAAGGCACUCGUAGCUCACAACAUCUAACUGGUUCUAAAGGCACCACCGGCUCACAAUCCCACACUAAUUCUAAAAGGGCAUCCCCUCUUCCCGAAGAAAAUGAAGGACCAUAUCUUCUUGAAAGUCAAUCCAAGAAGCCUCGCCGUGACGGUCCCUGA